AUGGCAUUGUCACUCGUGGCAACGGCUGAUAUCACCAGCGAUCUCAUUCGGCAUUUACGAUGUCCAUCACCGACCCCGCACAAUUAAACUUCGUGAGCGUUUCAAGCUGCAUCUGACAGCUGUCACCCAGGAUCCUGGGACUCUGCAACCCCAGACUUCAUCAUGUCGCUGUCCACAACAAUUAUCUGUUCCCUGGUAGCCAUUUGCAUCUUCAGCAUAACCCGCUAUACCAAACUGCGCCACUUCCCCGGCCCUCGAUGGACAGCCAUCUCAGACUGGCCACACAGCCUGGCAAUGCUCAGCGGCAACUGCCACAAGUGGUAUGCCGAUGUCAGCGAGAAAUACGGUCCCAUUGCGCGCGUUGCACCCCGGAUCCUCAUCACCUCGUCCCCAGAGGUCUGGAUGCACGUUAACACGAAGCCCGGCUAUAAGCGCUCGGACUGGUAUUACAAUGCUGCGCGGAUUGAGUACCAGCGGGAUAACGUCUUUAGCCAGACGGAUAAUGCUAAGCACGAGGCGCGGAGGAAGCAGAUGGCGCCGGGGUAUUCAGGGCGAGAGAAUCUCGACCUCGAGAAGUCCGUCGACGAACGACUCUCCGAACUCCUCCAUCUCAUCCGAUCAAAAUAUCUCUCCUCAACCUGCAUCGUCCCCAUGGAUCUCGCGAAAAAGGUGCAGUAUUUCACUCUCGAUGUGAUCAGCUCUGUCGGUCUGGGCAAGACGUUCGGUAUGCUCCAGAGCGAUACCGAUACGGACAACUACCUCCAGUCCAGCGAGGAGGGACUUGCUAUUGGCAACACAGCGCUAGCACUGGGAUUCAGCUGGAUAGCCCAGGCACCGAUUCUCGGGCGAUUCAUUGCCCCCUCGCCUAGUGAUAACAAUGGAUUCGGCAAGAUGAUGGCGUCGGCAUUUCGUGUCGUCGACGAGCGCGCAGCCAGUUUCUUCUCAACCAGCGCCAACAAGGAGAAAUCGGAUAUGCUGGCUUCGUUUAUGCGCCAUGCGCUGUCGGGCGAUGAGUUGCGCUCUGAAGCUCUGGAGCAGAUUAUCGCAGGUUCCGAUACCACUGCUGCUGCAAUCAGGGGUACGCUUCUGCAUGUCAUCACGAAUCCACGGGUGUAUGGUAAACUGCAGCGCGAGAUUGAUGAUACUGUUGCCCGAGGGGAUGCUCCUGCUUCCAUUCUAAACACGUCUACUACCGGAACCGGUCUUAUUACAGCCGCUCAAGCUGCCAAACUCCCAUAUCUGCAAGCUGUAAUCCGCGAAUCAACGCGUGUCCUCACCCCUGUUUCAAAUAUCUUUGCGCGCGAUGUUCCUAAAGAUGGGGAUACAGUUGUCGUUGACGGCGAGAAUGUAUUCAUCCCCGGCGGCGAUGGCGUCUGUAUCGGGUACUCUGCAUAUGCCAUGCACCGCAGCGAGCAGAUCUACGGUCAAGACGCACAAGCGUUCCGACCUGAGCGGUGGCUGGAGUCUUAUCCAGAUCCGACUAAGUAUGCCCGCAUGAUACGAACCAACGACUUGGUGUUUGGACAUGGGCAUUUCCGGUGCUUGGGCAGGCCGGUGGCGCAGAUUGAGCUUGGGAAGACGGUGUUUGAGCUCCUGCGCAACUUUGAUAUAGCGCUUAUGGAUCCGACGCACCCUUGGGAUGUGCGGAAUCAUCUUGGGCUCUUUGCGAUCUCGAAUAUGUGGGUGCACGUUAUGGAGAGGGCAAACCGGGAUUAAUAAGAUCGACAAUUAUAUGCAAUUAACAUAAUUUCUCGUCGCACUGGGCGACUGAUCUAUAAUAAGUUGUAUAUUUUAUGCCUGGGCAAAUUUCGAAAGGAAUACAUGUCCUUUCUUCAUUCAAUCAGCAAAAUGAAAUAUCUCUGCGUUAGCAACUGCUGGCUUUGUUACUUAAGAUAGGGACAGUAUAAGAACUUCAACAUCCC